UUGCGACGCGCCUGUGUGACGUAGCAUCCCGAGUCAGACCCUCUCAAUCGAGCCAGAGCGCCUGUGUUGAUGUCCGCUCCUGUCCCGUCCAUUAGCUAAAGCAGCGGGACCAAACUUCAAACCCCAAAAUGUUUCUGUCUUCGGUGUUUCGCUGUGCAGUUUCGCAGACGGCCAGGCAGGUCAGGAGUCUGCAUCAGUCUGCUGCACGUGCUGGAGCUGGUGGCAUCUUUGUGCACAGAGAUACUCCUGACAACAACCCUGACACUCCUUUUGAGUUCACUGAGGAGAACAAAAAGAGGAUUGAAGCGAUCGUUUCAAUGUACCCCAUCGGACACAAGCAAGCAGCCACCAUCCCAGUGUUGGAUGUAGCCCAGAGGCAGCAUGGAUGGCUCCCCAUCUCCGCCAUGAAUAGGGUCGCAGAGGUGCUGGAAAUCCCCCCAAUGCGAGUGUAUGAAGUCGCAACAUUUUACACAAUGUUUCUGCGUCAGCCCGUGGGAAAAUACUUCAUUCAAAUCUGUACAACAACACCCUGCAUGCUCUGCAACUCAGACAGCAUCCUGGAGGCCAUCCAAAAUAAACUGGGUAUUAAGGUUGGAGAGACUACUCCAGACAAGAUGUUCACGCUAAUAGAGGUGGAAUGCCUGGGUGCCUGUGUGAAUGCUCCAAUGGUCCAGAUUAAUGACAACUACUAUGAGGACCUUGCACCAAAGGACAUUGAGGAAAUUAUUGAUGAACUCAAAGCCGGCAGAGUUCCACUACCUGGGCCCAGGAAUGGGCGUUUCUCAUGUGAGCCUGCAGGUGGAUUGACGUCCCUGACAGAGCCUCCUACCGGACCAGGCUUUGGUGUGAGAGCGGACCUGUAGACAUUGUGUUUAUUGUCCCUGAAGUUGAUGCUAUAAUUAACUCAACCAUAUUGUGUAAAUAAACUAUUAAUGUAUCAAA